ACAACACAGAACCAGAACCUUUGAACUGACACUUAAAAGCCAGCUUCCUUUUUGGAUUCGCGACAACAGGAACUUCAAUCAACAACUUGGUGCUUGCUAUAAUUCAGACAUUCGAUUCCCUUCUUCCUUAUCUUUAACUCACUGAGUCCCAUGAUGGUAUUGGUGGUGGCUGUUUGGUUUUUGUUUAGAGUGGAAAAACAGUGAAAUUGCGUUGUGUAUGUUCUUUUGUUUUCUUAAAUGGUAACGGGUUUGGGUUCGGGCUCAGGGUCCGAUCCGACUUCAGACUCAAACGGGUGGGGACGAGCUCGAGGGUUAGCGCUGAAGUCUCUGGUUUUCAUUGGUGGGGUUUUACUAGUGAAGAGACUGACGAAGUCUACUACUCGUUGGGACCAUGCGAAAAUUGUAACUCAAUCACUUACUGGUGAAAAGUUUUCGAAGGAGCAAGCAUCUAGAGACCCUGAUAAUUACUUCAAUAUCAGAAUGCUUACUUGCCCGGCAGCAGAGAUGGUGGAUGGUUCAAAGGUUUUAUAUUUUGAACAGGCAUUCUGGAGAACUCCUCAAAAGCCCUUUCGGCAGAGGUUUUAUAUGGUUAAGCCUUGUCCAAAGGAGUUGAAAUGCGAUGUUGAGGUAGGUUCGUAUGCCAUUAGAGAUGCAGAGGAGUACAAGAAUUUUUGCGAUCGAUCAAAGGACCAGCGCCCACUGCCAGAAGAAGUAAUUGGUGACAUUGCAGAACAUCUGACAACAAUACAUCUCAAACGCUGUGACCGUGGAAAACGCUGCUUAUAUGAAGGCUGUACUCCACCUGGUGGAUUCCCAAAUUCCUGGAAUGGAGCAACCUACUGCACUUCGGAACUUGCAAUCUUGAAAAAUAAUGAAAUACAUACCUGGGAUAGGGGAUACGAUGACGGUGGAAAUCAGGUUUGGGGAGUGAAAGAAGGACCUUACGAGUUCAAGCCUGCACCAUCUUCUAGUGUUAGUGAAUUAUUUUCUCCGUUAAACCUCCCCCCUCUCCAGUCGAUGGAGAAAAGAAUAGAAGGUUCAUUUGUUUUGCAAGUGUGAUCGCUUGCUACAUGUAUAAUCAACCACGGCAUGUAACGUAUCAAACUUCAAAUUAUUUCACUAAUCUAUCU